UUAGCGGAUAUGAGUAAUGACUGAGAGUAACGAAAAAGUAAAGACUAUGAAGCAAAACGGGAAUUCCAGCAAAGCAGCCUUACGAAACCUGCCUCACGCAAAACAGCUUGAGCGUCUAGCAUCAUAUUCAACAUGUGGGUUUGAAGGCUGUUCAUGCCAAGCUUGGAAGUCAGGAUCUUCUGCUCCUUCAAAAGAUUGUUCAUCUUGCAGCCAUGCAAUUCAGUACCAUCUGGACAAGAUAUUAUCGAUGGCUACAAGUCAGCGGGAGAAGAUGUUAGACAUGACAGUUGAUAUUGAGCUACUCUACAGUUUUUAUCACAGGGAGACUGAACCUGUCCAGAAGAAUGUUUACUCUGUUCUAGUGAAACUGUUGAGGCAGUCGUUAAGCCAAGGGUCAGAACCUAACAUAGAAACUCCACUUGGUAAGCCACCAUUUGAAAGUACGACCAUAGCAAAAGCAAUUACAGAUUUUAUCGCUGCCAACGAUUCCCACUACUCGACAGAAGAGCAACAAAAGUUGACAGAGUUUGGAAAGUACCUGUUAUACUUCACUAACCAGUUCUCACUGCCUACCCCUGCUAACUACAGUGACAGGAACCCUGAAUCAGACCAAGCUGCUUACAAAACUAUUUAUCUGAGAUGGUUUGCGUUGUGUCACGUGCCCCGGAUAGUUACCAGUCUUACUCAGUAUGAUGUUACUCAGAUAUUCGGGGUAUCAUUCCUCAAAUUCACCUUCCCUAUCAUCAAGAAACAGUUUCUAGACAAGACAGAAUCAGUACUGGACAGAAUGAAGCCAGAAAGACAGCAAAUGUUCAGAGUAUUGCUCCCUCAACUACUGGAUGCUUUAGAGAGAGAGAUAUUCAACGAUAACAGUGCGAUAUGGGGACCUACCAAUACUACCAGUUCAAAUGAUCCUUUCCCCGGAAUGGAUUCCAUACUUGAUGAUCAGAGCUCAUCUAAAAGUGUUAGCAGUAUGAAGCAGUGCAUACCAAAUGAUACCAUAGUUAAGAUAGUCGGUUCAAUAACGGAUCCCGCAAAACAAGUGGGCCCUGCUGGUCUCCCCAACAGAAGAGAACGUAACUCCCACAGUGCGCGCGACGAGGGAGCGAGGCUGGAGGAAGAGAAGGGGGUCUUGAGACUGGAAGUUAUCCAGAACUCCCUCUAUAAAGACGUACCCAAACAACACUUGCUGUGGCUAGUGGGGAUGCAGAACGUGUACGUGCUCCAACUGCCCCGAAUGCCAAAAGAGUACAUCGCCCGCCUAGUAUUCGACUCCAAACACAAGACCCUGUGUCUGAUCAAGAACAACGCUGUGAUUGGCGGGAUCUGUUUCAGACAGUUUCCCUCUCAGGAGUUUACAGAGGUAGUGUUCCACGCUGUUUCCUCUAAUGAACAAGUCAAGGGUUACGGAACUCACCUUAUGAACCACCUCAAAGAUUACCACGUGCAGUGCGGUAUUUACCACUUCCUCACCUACGCUGAUCAGUAUGCUAUUGGCUACUUUAAGAAGCAGGGUUUUACUGAUAAUAUUACUUUACCUAAACACAAAUACGAGGGGUACAUUAAGGAUUACGAGGGUGCUACUCUCAUGCAGUGUACACUGAACCCUAAGAUUUGUUACAAACAAUUGUCUAAAGUUAUAAAACGUCAGAAGGAGAUAGUUCAGGGUUUGGUAGAAUGGAAACAAUCUAAAAUAAACAAAGUUUACCCUGGAUUAACGUGUUUUAAGAAGGGUGUAUCCAGAAUACCAAUCGAGAGCAUUCCAGGGAUUCAGGAAUCUGGGUGGACUCCUUCUUCGGUAAAAGAGGAGGAACAUAGCAAUGUCAAUCAGAAACAUUUCCUUCAUAUUUGGAACAGACUGAAGGGUCAUAACUCUGCGUGGCCCUUUCUAGAACCUGUUAAAAUAGAGAUAGCACCAGAUUACUAUCAGUACAUUAAGUACCCUUCAGACUUACAAACUAUUGGCGAGAAACUUACCCAGGGGUACUACAAGACUAAGAAAAUGUUCAUUGCGGAUGUUAACAGAAUAUUUAAUAACUGCAGAAUGUACAAUGAUCCAAAUACUGAGUAUUACAAGUAUGCUGGUAAUCUUCAGAAAUUCUUUAUCAGCGAGCUGAAGGAGGCAGGGCUUUAUGAUGAUUGACUGAGUGAUUAUUAUCAUAAAGUUUUUCUUCAGUUAUGAGAGUGCACAUUUUAGAAAUUUUUAUUUUAAAGUUCAAUUUUGUUUAAAAAGCUUAUUUUUCAAUCACGUGAUCGUGGUAUUUAUUGUCAGACAGUGAAAAUCAAUUCUUAUAUCCUGCUUUUUUCUUU